CAAUCGGAAUCGCCGAUUAUUAACAAACUGUGCUGAAACUGAGAGAUGGAGAAAUCGGAAGAGGAAUUGAUACGGAGAUCAGAGCCGGAAUCAUUGGUCUCCGUCACUGUAGGUAGGUUCAUGAGCACGCUUCUCACCGCUCGCCCUAAAAACCUACGCGAAUCCAUCUCCCGCCUCUCUCUCGAUUCUCAAAAAGGCUCUUCUGGCUCCGUAGAUGAAGCGCUCUGGUUUUUGCAAAAGUCCGUUAAAGAAGCUGUUGAGAGAGACGAAGCGAUGGAUGAACUCCUUGUACCUAUUAUCGAGCAUACGUUAAGGUUUAAGGAUGUUAAGCAUAGUAGUCCAGCUAUGAUUCUUCUAAACUGGAUGUUUCAAGAUGAGGUUCUCUUUCAAGGCGUUUCGAGGAAUCUUUGUGAGAUCAUUUUGAGGAAGGAGGAUAGGUUUUUAGCGCUUGGUUGGUGUUUACUUAUCAGAAGUCUUGUGGAGUGGGAGGAUAGUGGGGAUCAAGGUUUUUGGAAUGGAAUUAGGGAGAGACAUUCUAUGUUUGUGGAGAUUGUUUCAUCUUGUGUGCCUCACUUGGUGAUGGUUGUACGCAACGGAAGUAUUUUGCAGGAUGGAUAUGAGGUGCCAUCUCGUCUUUCUGUUUCCGCUGCUGAUUGCUUGCUGUCAGUUACUGGAGCCUUAGCAAAGAGUAAUGAUGCUCCAGCAAACAGACCGAAGCCAUCGACCACUAUUACGGGGUCUCAUCAACCGGUUGCCUUGGUAUCUAGUAUUAGUGAGAAGAAAAUAAAGAAGACUUCUCGACCUGAAGACGCAACCAGUGAGAAAAGUUGUAUACUGUGGAAUCACCUGGAGGAGCUGAUGCGCCUUGUACAGAGUCUCUUUGCUUGGAACAAGAGAAGUCGACUACUUCAUGCUAAGGGGUUAAACAAUGUGCUGAAAUGGUUAGAGGAGUUAAAAGAGCAUCAUGGUGGCUCUCAGAAGGAGGCAGUCACGGAUGUAUCUAAGGGUGGUGCUCUACUGCUCUCUUCUUGUUGGAAGCAUUACAGUGUCUUGCUCCACAUGGAAGAUCAGAAGUUCUCAAAGAUUAGCAAGGAAUUGUUGGAUCAGUAUAUGUCCGGUAUUAAGUAUUAUUCAGAAAGUUAUACUCAGGGAAGUUCUGAAAUCAAGGCUGGUAGUAUAGAGACACAGAAGUUUUUCCUAAAUUGUUUAUGCCUUCUGUUGGGCCGCUUUGAGGGAGAAAAAUUUGAGACCAUACUAUCAGAGUUUGGAAUGAAGCUUGUGCCUUGUCUUUUACAUCAGCUUCGGAGUAACAAGGAAGAGAUAUCAGAAGGCGUUGUUGCUAUAUUUAAAGAAGUCAUCUCUAAGCUACAAUCACAGUCCGGAGAUACAAUGUGCCUGGACGUUGUGAUACCAUCCUUGCUUCACCUUCUUGACGAGAGGGAUGGCGCCGCCAAAGCUGUUAGUGUCCUCCUGGCAGACUACUGUUCCAAAAAUGCAGAUAAUAGCUGUCUCAGUGAAGUUCUACAGCGCCUUGUUUCUGGAACUACUGUGCAGAGGCUGAAUUCUAUGGAUGUGAUAUCAGAAGUAAUCAUCAUGUCAAAAGAUUCAUAUCCUUCUCAUAUUCCUCGGAAAGAGAUCGCAGACUGCUUGUUAAAGUGCCUUGGAGACAAGGAAACUUAUAUCCGUAAACAAACUUCAGAGUUGCUGAAAUCAAUUGAGCCAUCUCUCGUGCUACCAGGGUUAGUAACACAAGUUAAUUCAACCAAUGGAAACGUACAAUCAUCCGCUACCGGAACUUUGCUUGGGGUCCUUAGACAUCAUAAGGAGGAUUCAGAUGUUGUAUGUCUGUUGCUGACCUGUCUUAGUAAUACUCAAGCUUUGGAAACUUCAGAAAGUAAUGGACAUCCCACGGAAGGUUCAACUAUUGACAGCGGUCGAGUGCUUAAGCUGAUCCCGGAGUGGGCUAGAAGUGUUCAGAACUGGGGCUCACUAAUUGGACCUUUGCUUGAUAAGAUGUUUUUGGAGCCAUCCAAUUCCAUCAUGGUUAGGUUUCUUAGUUGCAUCAGUGAACAUUUGGCAGAUGCAUCGGACAUCGUCCUUCUGCAUGUACUAUCACAUAUGAAGGAGCAAGACAAGACGGAUGGCAACUUUAUAUCAGUAUCUAAAAGUUCAGUUGACAAAACUAAUGCUGAGAAAUCUCUAUUUGUCCACCUCUGCCCCCUGCUUAUAUUAAGACUGCUUCCUCAGAGAGUGUUUGAUGAUAUUGAUUCAUCUACAAUAUAUGGUAGAUUCCUUAGAGGAGACUCUGUGAACGAGUAUCGAGACAUCAAGUUUGAGGAUUGUCAAUGCAUCGCUGCCUUCCUUUUUCAAAGGGCAUAUUCUAAGUUUGAGUUUGAAGAAGUUCGAAAACUCGCUGCCGAGCUAUGUGGACGUAUUCACCCCCAGGUGCUAUUUCCAACUGUUUUGUUGCAACUUGAAAAAGCCACAGAGUUGCGAGACAGCCUCAAGAUUAAAGCUUGCCUGUUUUCUAUAUGCACAUCCCUUGUGGUUCGGGGAUGGGAGUCUUUUUCACACAGAGUGACACCUAAGAUCAGGAAAGUCCUAGAAAAGAUUUUGUUAUGGCCUUCUGAUGAGGACGAAAUCUCCAAAGUACAACACGGGUGCAUAGAUUGUCUUGCACUGAUGAUAUGUGCUGAACUGCAACAUCCUGAAUCUUCAAAAACACCGAAAGGAGAUAAAUUACGUACAACAGGGAAUAACACAUCUGAUGCGUCAAGUGAUUCUGUCUUAGAUUACACGAUCCAUUGUUUAUCUGAAGACAGAAGUGACUACUCGUCUAUGCCGGAGUCGAUUGGUGCAAAGCCCUUUCCUAUUCAAUUUCGUAUAUGCAUGGCGAACGUUCUCAUCAGUGCUUGUCAAAAGAUCCCUGUCUCUGCAAAGAAGACUUUUGCUCGAAAAGCUCUUCCACCUCUUGUUCAUUCCCUCAAGUUCAUAUCUUCCCCUGAGGUCAGAGCAGCUUGUAUUCAGGUCCUAUUCUCAGCCAUGUACCAUCUAAAGUCCACACUACUCCCUUUUGCAACUGAUCUACUAAAACUUUCCUUGAGAUUUCUUGAACAAGGAUCCGAAAAGGAGAAACUAGCUGGUGCAAAACUGAUGGCAUCACUCAUGGCGAGUGAGGACGUGAUACUGGAACGCAUAUCAGAAGGAUUGCUCGAAGCGAGAUCAGUUUUGUCUAAAGCAUCUUUGUCAGAUCCUUCUCAAGACGUACGUGAAGUCUGUGAUAAGUUAUUGGCAUGUAUAACCCCAUCGUAAUGUCUUUUUCUUCUGUAAGAUAAGAUUCUAUGUAUUAUUAUUAUCUUUUGCUUUUCUUGCUUUUUCUUUGUCACAUGACUGAGGAAGUUGGUAUGUAUGUAGUAGAUAUGUGGUACGUUUGUAGCAGAUGGGCCUGAUUUUUUUUGUAGACUAAAGUAAUUUGCUUUGACAGUAGUCUCGUACACCAAAUCGCAUGCUGGUCAUGGG